AAUAUGAUUUGAAUAAUCUAGAAAAUGAAAAAAAAUCAAGAAAAUUACCAGCAAAUGGAAAACUUAAUAAGUUUAUGAAAUAUUUCAGCGAGCAAAGGCCCGAAAGAAGAAUCGAGUGUAAUAAGGAUGUUGAAAAAUGACGUUCAGGGUCUAUGCAAACCUUUGGGUUUAAAUAAACCACAGGACUGUUCUGAAUUGAAGAAGGUACAUAAGAAGAGCGGUGUCUACACUAUAUACCCAGACAAAUCUACAGCUAUGACUGUUUACUGUAACAUGGAUGAAUACGAUGGAGGUUGGACGGUAUUACAGAGACGACAGGAUAUAACAAAUUUUUACAGAACAUGGGCAGAGUACAGAAAAGGAUUUGGGAAUGUCAAAAAGAGUUUUUGGCUAGGGAAUGAUAAUAUACAUAUAUUGACUUCAAGUGGAAAGUAUGAGUUAAGGAUAGAUUUAGGUGACUGGAUUGGGAACAAAUGGUAUGCCAUCUACAAGACAUUCGCAGUUGGAAAUGAAGCAACCAAGUAUAUUUUGACGGUUGGAGGAUACAGUGGGAAUGCAAAAGAUGGAUUGAAGUAUCAUAAUGGAUCGAAGUUUUCAACAAAGGAUCAAGACAAUGAAAAAGACUCAAGAGACUGUGCAAAAACAGCUAAAGGAGGAUGGUGGUACAAGGGCUGUCAUCAUGUUAAUCUCAACGGUGUCUACAAGAAAGGAAAAACAAGUCACUGGGAUGUUGUCAGUUGGAAUUUGAUAAAAACACAAAGCUAUUCUAUGAAGUUUGCACGCAUGAUGAUCAGACGGGUUUAGGAUUAUCUUUGAAUUGCGAAAUAUAUCGAAACUUAUAAAGCAUACUAACAAUUUUGAUAAUUCUAUCUCAGUCAUAUUCAAUUUAAAUAAGCAGAAAGUUUUGUAUCAUAAAUUAUUUCUAAGUCAGAAACUGACUAGGCUAUCUAUGUUAAAAUUUACUACUCGAAAUUAAAAUGUAUCAAAACAACA